CUGCGGGCCGUGCGUUGCAGAUGUGCGGUGAGUGCUUCGGCUGUGUUCGUCUCUGGUUGCGUGAGGUUGAGGCGUUUGUGCUCCGAGAUUGCGUGGAGUGACUGGCAGCGCCUGCUGUGGUGUCUGCGCGAUGGGUGAUGGGUGAUGACGACGUGGGGUCGUCCUUCGUGUCGCGCGUGGCCGCGGGGAGGGGGACUGUGCUCGGAGCGGCCCCGAGGCCCUCGGGAGUGCGGCUGCGGCAGUCUGGACUCGUGCACAGCGCGGGACCCGAAAGUUGUGUUUGUCUGCGUGGUUGGUGAUGCGCGGAGCGUGGGGCUCUUCCUGCUCCAGAGAGGAACCAUCCAGAGCCAUGAUGCCACCUCCCCAUCAUCUGUGUGCCGCUUGCUUAAGCUAAUGCUCCUUUGGGAGGAAUCAAGCUAACUCUUGGCAUGAGGCCCCUGCAUUCCUGCGGUUGAGAGGGGCACAACCAUGGCUUCUCUGGAUGACCCAGGGGAAGUGAGGGAGGGCUUCCUCUGCCCUCUGUGCCUGAAGGAUCUUCAGUCUUUCUAUCAGCUUCAUUCACAUUAUGAGGAAGAGCACUCCGGGGAAGACCGUGAUGUCAAAGGGCAAAUUAAAAGUCUUGUCCAGAAAGCUAAGAAAGCAAAGAACAAGUUGUUGAAACGAGAAGGAGAUGAUCGAGCAGACUCAGGGACCCAAGGAUAUGAAUCUUUCAGCUAUGGAGGUGUUGAUCCUUACAUGUGGGAACCCCAGGAACUUGGUGUUGUGAGAAGCCAUCUUUCUGACUUCAAAAAACAUCGAGCUGCAAGAAUUGACCACUACGUUGUUGAAGUCAAUAAAUUAAUAAUCAGGUUAGAGAAGCUCACUGCAUUUGACAGAACGAAUACCGAGUCUGCGAAGAUUCGAGCAAUAGAAAAGUCUGUGGUACCUUGGGUCAACGACCAGGAUGUCCCUUUCUGUCCAGACUGUGGUAAUAAGUUCAGCAUCCGUAACCGCCGCCACCACUGCCGCCUCUGUGGGUCUAUCAUGUGCAAGAAGUGUAUGGAGCUCAUCAGCCUGCCUUUGGCAAAUAAGCUCACCAGUGCCAGCAAGGACUCUCUGAGCACCCAUACCAGCCCCAGCCAGUCACCUAACAGUGUUCAUGGCUCCCGACGGGGCAGCAUCAGCAGUGUGAGCAGUGUUAGCUCAGUCCUGGACGAGAAGGACGAUGACCGGAUCCGCUGCUGCACGCAUUGCAAGGACACACUACUCAAGAGAGAGCAGCAGAUUGAUGAGAAGGAACACACGCCUGACAUUGUGAAGCUUUAUGAGAAAUUACGACUUUGCAUGGAGCAAGUUGACCAGAAAGCUCCCGAAUACAUCAGGAUGGCAGCAUCAUUAAAUGCCGGGGAGACGACCUACAGUCUAGAACAUGCCAAUGACCUCCGAGUGGAAGUACAGAAAGUGUAUGAGCUCAUAGACAUUCUAAGUAAGAAGAUCUUAACCCUGGGCUUGAACCAGGACCCUCCACCACAUCCAAACACUUUGAGACUACAGAGGAUGAUCAGAUACUCAGCUACGCUUUUUGUGCAGGAAAAGUUGCUGGGUUUGAUGUCACUGCCAACCAAAGAACAGUUUGAGGAACUGAAAAAGAAGAGGAAGCAGGACCUGGAACAGAAGAGGAUCAUGGAGAGACAGGCUGUCCUGGAGUCUCAGAGAAGGCUUGAAGAAAGGCAGAGUGGCCUGGCAUCUCGUGCAGCCAAUGGGGAAGUGGCAUCUCUCCACAGGGGACCUGCCCCCUUGAGAAAGGCUGAGGGUUGGCUCCCACUGUCAGGAGGUCAGGGACAGAGUGAAGACCCUGACCCGCUCCUCCAGCAGAUCCACAACAUCACAUCAUUCAUCAGGCAGGCCAAGGCCGCGGGCCGUGUGGAUGAGGUGCGCAUGCUGCAGGAGAACCUGCGGCAGCUGCAGGAUGAAUAUGACCAGCAGCAGACUGAGAAGGCCAUUGAGCUGUCUCGGAGGCAGGCAGAGGAAGAGGACCUGCAGAGGGAACAGCUGCAGAUGCUUCGGGAGCGGGAGCAGGAACGAGAACACCAACAGUUCCGGGUGGCAUCGCUCCAUACUCGGACUCGGUCUCUGGACUUCCGAGAAAUUGCACCCUUCCAACUGGACCCUAGCCGAGGGCCUCGCACCCACCUUGCCUAUGCUUUGGAUCUGGACUCCUCCCCAGUUCAAGGAAGCACAACUCCCAAGACUCCUUCACCCGGCUUGGCUCAAGCACCUGUCCAGAUAUGGUCUGGGCCCUUGGCCCUUGGCCAGGAAUUCCUCCCCCAGCGUACUAUGUCACAACAAAAUGACAUGCCUUCCCUAAACCCAUUUGUAGAGGAAGACCUCUGCAGCCCCAUGGAUGAGGGUGCUGCCAGCCCUCGUGCUGCUGGGGCAUCCCUCAGCCCUCCAACUGCCACCCUCAAGGAGUACAAUCCUUUUGAGGAAGAGGAAGAGGAGGAGGUGGCAGUGACAGGGAAUCCCUUCACUGACCCAGACAGUCCAGCGCCCAACCCCUUUGAUGAGGAAGAUGACCGUUCCCACCCGAGGCCUGUCAGCCCUCCUGUCCCUAGAAACCCCUUUGAGGAAUACACUGGCACCAACCCCUUCGAGGUGGAUGGCAGCAGUGACCCUGAGGCCGAAGAGCCCAUUGAGGAGGAGCUACUCCUCCAGCAGAUCGACAACAUCAAGGCCUACAUCUUUGAUGCCAAGCAGUGUGGCCGUCUGGAUGAGGUGGAAGUGCUGACUGAGAAUCUGCGGGAGCUGAAGUGCACCCUGGCCAAGCAGAAGGGGGGCCCUGUCUGACCAGUGAGGGGCAGAGGCCUGGCCAUGACCUGGGGAACAGGAGGGGGGGGUGGCAAUGGGGAAGAAGGCAGGGUGGACAGGUGGAUGCACACAGGUUAGGGGUACUUGUGCACUUGGGACAUUUCCACUACAGUUGAAUAAUACAGUGCAACUAGGGCAGGAAGAAUCAGCAUUCAUUUGCUGGUUUUCCUGCUUUUUAAAUUAGGGGUUUUCCCCUUUUAAAGGGACUUUACAUUUUUAUUGCUGAGCUAUAACUCAGUACACUCUGAUGGGGCAGGGCAGAAAUGGCUGCUUAGUCUUGGUCAUGAUGCAGUAUUAUAGGACAGCCUUUGACAGGGCCCUUCCUGUAGCCAAGUUGGGCAGGAUGGAUUCCAUUGAGCUGUCUGCUCUGGCAGAAGUCUAUCCCCAGCAGGCUGUGGGUUCCCUUUCACCAACUGCUCCUCUGCUCACAGGGGAGGGUGGUGCUGCUGUGAGGAGGGGAGUUUGGACCCGGGAGGGCCCAGCACUUCUUUAUGGAGGAGGUUGGGAGGGAGGGUCGUUUUGCCAGCGUCUGUUUCCCUCUCAGUUUAAGGAAGUUAAGCUUCCAGGGGUGUCAGUCUGAAAUGGAUCAUGAGCUUUUUAAGAAUAAGAAUGGUAACUUUUUGGUAGAUGUUAGCAUUGCUUGGGAGAAGUUUCCACUCAGGCAUGGCUCUAAUGGAACAACUGUCCAGGGAAAAACCUCCUUCCAGGUCUUUUGACUCUCCUCUGGACCUCUUCUAGGGCUCAGCAUGUAAUUAGGAAUUGCUGAUCAGGAAGCUUCUGUGGAACAUCAUCAGGAGAGAAGAUAAAAUAACUUGGAAGGCUUUCCGAUUAGCCUUCUUCCUUUUAAGUUCAUCCUGACUUGGGGCACUGAUGAGAGGUUAUCUUACCCCUUUUGGUAUUAAGAUACUAAAGUGUUUGCGGAGGCACGGCCCAGGAUAUCUCCAGUAGCCCCUCAGUACUUGAACUCUUCAGUUAAGGGCAGAAAGGGAAGUUUUUCAUGUAGCUCUGGUGCUUUGGUUUACAGAGCCCUGGAUGGACAGCUGACAUCGAUAUCCAGGUAUGUUUAGCUCUAGGUAGAGUUUCUGCAAUUAUGCUUGUUAAUGAGCAGUAACUGACCACUAGUCACUUUAUCCCCCUUAACUAACUGUGCCCUACGUCCAUCCAUUACUGGUGUGAGAGCUCAGCUUCAUUUACUACAUUCUGGCGAAGAUUCCUGUUGACAAUUGGAAUGGAGAAACUGGGUGUAAAGAGCUACAUCUGUGUCAACUCUGGUCACAUUUCUUUAGCGCCUGUUUUUGGCGAAGGAAAGUCCUGCAUAGGGGUGUGGGAAUGGGGAGUGGGUGGAGGUAUGAAGAACUCUGCAUUUGGGUUCUGCUUUCAAACAUGGGACUGUGAGUGCUUUACCAGCGUCAGCCAGUUGCCAGCCCUGCUGGCAUCAUCAGCUGUUCUGGGAAGUGGGAAGCCAGGUGUGUAAGAUGUUGCCUGGAGCAGGCCUCUUUCUGAGACCCAGGCCCUAGAGGCUGUUACUGAAGUUUCAGGCCCAGCCAGCCUGUACCUCCCUGCUUAGAUUGUCAUUUCUCUCUGCCCCAAAGAAGCAAAAUGCCGUUUCCCAUCAUCAUUGUUUUUCUUAUGAGAACCGGUGACCUCAGUUAGGACUGAUUCACUAACUGUGCUCCUUCCCUGAAACCAACCCCAGGUAACAAUCUGUAACUAAGAGCAUUGAGAAAUGCGUAAGAAGUGCUUUUAAAAACCCAGUUCACUGGAUAUACUAAACCAAACUAAAAACAUCCUUUGGGCUUUAGUGAAUUCUGUGAGAAAGGACGGGAGAGAACUCUCUACUUUCUUGCUGCACCACUUCACAGAAUUCAUGCAGGCUCAAGGUUGGAUUGCAGAGACCAGGUGACAGUAAAGAAAAGUUGGCCUGUGAGUUGUAACCCCAACUUCAACUUCUUACCUCAUGUGAAUAUUCACCCUUCCUGCAGUCCUUCAGACAGCGCCUUCUCAUCAACAAGUGAGCAAGUUCUUGAUAUACUGUUGGCAGAUCUACCUAGAAAUAGGUCAUGGUCAUACACAGAAGAGACUUUGGGAUGCAGGCAUCACAUAAAUCUGGUUUUUCCUUGUAGACCUCGUUUGUAUUUCCUGUCUAAUACACUAAGGACACUUACUCGUUGCACUUGCCACUGUGUCUUUACUGUUCAGAUACUAAAAUGUACUUCAGUCAUCAUGAGCCAUGCAGACAUUGGCAUAGUUAGGUGAUGGGACUCAGAUUGAGAAGCUGGUUUCUUUACCAGGUCAUGGACUGGAGUAUGUUGUGCUGUCAUCUGACAGUGACGGUCAGCCUGAGGGUCAUUGAUGUGCAUACACUGCUCUGGGGCCUUGUAUUGGAACUUUUUUCUAAAAAAUAAA